UUUGUGGUUUGUCCAGCGCCCCUAUUACUGCACAGUUGGUUUGCUCUGAUGUUCUGUGCGGAACCAACAUUAUCAUGAGGAAGUGAAGGGCGGUGGUUUAUCAGAGGAGCAGCACCGGGGUUCAGCUAACAACACGUCAGGUUGUAGUCAGGAAGAAAACAGUCAUCAUGUCUAGCAAAAGGGCUAAGGGAAAGACCACGAAGAAGCGCCCUCAGCGCGCUACCUCCAAUGUCUUCGCCAUGUUUGAUCAGUCACAAAUCCAGGAGUUUAAGGAGGCGUUCAACAUGAUCGACCAGAACCGUGAUGGUUUUGUUGACAAGGAGGACCUUCACGAUAUGCUGGCCUCUUUGGGUAAAAACCCCACUGAGGAUUACCUGGAGGCCAUGAUGAACGAAGCUCCUGGACCCAUUAACUUCACCAUGUUCCUCACCAUGUUUGGAGAGAAGCUCAACGGAACAGACCCUGAAGAUGUGAUCAGAAAUGCAUUUGCCUGCUUUGAUGAGGAGGGAACAGGUUUCAUCCAGGAAGAUUACCUCAGAGAGCUGCUGACAACGAUGGGUGACCGGUUUACAGAUGAGGAAGUGGACGAGCUCUUCAGGGAGGCGCCCAUCGACAAGAAAAACAACUUCAACUACGUGGAGUUCACACGCAUCCUAAAGCACGGCGCCAGGGAUAAGGACGAUUAAAUAAUCAAACCAGCAUCAUAAUUCCUCUCUGCCUUUUUCCACUCUCUUCCCUCAGCUACAUCAUCAUGCUGCAUGUCUCAUCUUUCCAGUACAAAACCCGUUGAACCAAAGCAAUAACCACAUGCUCUUUGUCCCCAAUAUACAGUUUUGCCAAAAGCCCACAUCUAAGAUGAAAACAAAGAAACAAAUCUAUUCAGUUUUCAAAUAGUUUGUUUCUGUCAUUUAGAGAUGUGCAAUGGCAGCACUAGGGGGCGCUCCAGGGGCAUAAGUUGUUGCAAAUGAUCAGAUCUAGCUGAAUUUUUACAUUUUAUAAUAUAAACUUUUUAAAAAAUAAAGUCCUAUCAAGUUAUUCUUUGCUGGCUGUUUCCCUUCCAUAAACUACAACUGAAACAACCGUUGCUGCUCAGUAGUAGUUUUUUUUUCCCCCCUAGGAUUUACGGUUUGCGGUGGAUUGUUAAACUCAUGUUUUCUCCAUUUUUCAGGAGCUUCGAGUCAUGACACGUCUCUCACCUCACCAUGUUACAUUAAGCGUGUGCAGGCGGGUGUGAACAAAAUUCUUUCUCCAGCAUAGAAACUCCAAUUUUUUUACCUUACCGGAGUCAACAGUUAAACCUGUCCCCUCAAAAUCAAAUGGUGAAUGUGGUGAGUUGUGGCUUACAAGUAUGUCAUUUAAAAAGUGUUGUAGUUUAAUAAAGUCCUUAUCAAGUGA